UCAUUUCUAACCUUUCUUUCGCCCUGGAUUGUAAUCAUGGCCAUGGGGACACACAACAAGCAGUAAAGACCGCCGUGCGUUCUCUGCUAAUUUCACGCUCUCUCUCUCUCUCUCUCUCUCUCGCUCUCCUCACCCUGGGGCAUUGUAGUCUGUAUACAUACACAUUAUCUCAGGCCUACACUAGCAUUUGAAUGUCGGCACCGCAGAGGAUUGUCUGCGCUCUCUUUACUCUUCCUUCUUAUACUCAAGCUUUCUCCUCAACCUUCAACUCCAGAACCUUCCUCAUCCUUCGUUGUCCUCCACCCUGCAUAACCCUAGCCUGCUCUCUUACUUUCACCUCCUCUUUCUCUCUCUCCCCUCCAAUCAUGCCUUACAACCAGCGAAGGGGUGGACAUAUGGAUCAAAGAUGGAAAGAGAAGCCAAAAACUGACAUGUCAUCCUCAGCUACAGGCAGUGCAUCAGCAGAUGUAGAUGAAACCGUCAGUAAAAGAAUUAGUGCACUUAGUAUCACUGAAAACAGUGGGCAACCCCAUGUUACAGUUCCACCCAUGCAAUUGGGGAGUGUCCAAACGGCAAACCAGAUUCCAGCUCAAGGUGGUCAAAAGGCAGUCUGGAAGCCCAAGUCAUAUGGAACAGUGAGUGGGUCCCCGGCAGUUGAAGUUGAAAAAGCACCUCUUGGUAAAAUGAUUAAGGGGGAUGGAGCUGAAACAGCAGUAGCUCAGAUAACAACUGCCGGUUUGAGUAAGUUGUUCGGUGCUAAUCUGCUGGAAAAUUUCACUGUGGAUAAUUCCACGUACUCAAUUGCACAAAUAAGAGCUACAUUCUAUCCCAAAUUUGAAAAUGAGAAGUCAGAUCAAGAGAUAAGGACAAGGAUGACAGAGAUGGUAUCUAAAGGCUUGGCUACCUUAGAGGUUUCUCUUAAACACUCCGGAUCUCUUUUUAUGUACUCCGGUCACGAGGGCGGUGCAUAUGCGAAAAACAGCUUUGGAAAUAUAUACACUGCUGUAGGUGUUUUUGUUCUUGGACGGAUGCUUCGUGAGGCAUGGGGAACUCAAGCAGCAAAAAAGCAAGCAGAGUUCAAUGAUUUUCUUGAGAGGAACCAUAUGUGUGUAUCAAUGGAAUUGGUAACUGCUGUUCUUGGAGACCAUGGGCAGCGUCCCCAAGAAGAUUAUGUGGUAGUGACAGCAGUAACAGAAUUGGGGAAUGGAAAGCCAAAGUUCUUCUCUACUCCUGAAAUCAUUGCAUUUUGUAGAAAAUGGCGCCUACCAACAAAUCAUGUGUGGUUGUUCACGACACGGAAGUCAGUGACUUCAUUUUUUGCUGUGUAUGAUGCGCUGUGUGAAGAAGGAACUGCAACGUCAGUAUGCAAGACUCUUGAUGAAGUUGCUGAUGUAUCUGUUCCAGGUUCGAAAGACCAUAUAAAGGUGCAGGGUGAAAUCUUAGAGGGUCUUGUGGCUCGUAUUGUAAGCCGGGAGAGCUCAGAACAUUUGGAGAAAGUUUUAGAAGAAUUUCCUCCUCCGCCGUCUGAGGGAGCUAGCCUUGAUUAUGGACCAAACCUUAGAGAAAUUUGUUCGGCAAAUAGGUCCGAUGAAAAGCAGCAAAUAAAAGCACUUCUUCAGAGUGUUGGCACCUCCUUUUGUCCGCACCAUUCAGAUUGGUUUGUGAAUGAAGCUGGUGAUUCCCAUUCAAGGAAUGCAGAUAGAUCAGUUCUUUCAAAAUUUUUACAAUCUCAUCCUGCUGAUUAUUCAACCACCAAAUUGCAGGAAAUGAUACGCUUGAUGAGAGAAAAACGUUACCCUAUCGCCUUUAAAUGUUACCAUAACUAUCACAAAGUUGAUUACAUAUCAAGUGACAACCUUUUUUACAAAAUGGUCAUUCACGUCCAUAGCGACUCUGUCUUUCGGCGAUACCAAAAAGAGAUGAGGCUUAAACCAGCAUUAUGGCCAUUAUAUAGAGGCUUCUUUAUUGACAUUAAUUUAUUCAAGGCAAACAAGGAGAGAGCUGCUGAAAUUGCUAAAAGCAAUAUUAUGGUAGAAAAUGGUAGCAGUAGCACAUUGGGAAAAGAUGGAUUGGCUGAUGAAGAUGCAAAUUUAAUGAUCAAACUGAAAUUUCUUACUUAUAAGUUGAGAACUUUUUUGAUACGUAAUGGCUUGUCAAUUCUUUUUAAAGAAGGUCCAGCUGCUUACAGGGCCUACUACUUGAGGCAAAUGAAGACAUGGGGCACGUCAGCAGGAAAGCAGAGGGAGCUCAGUAAGAUGCUUGAUGAAUGGGCUGUGUUUAUACGAAGGAAGUAUGGGCACAAACAGCUGUCGCAAUCCAUAUACCUUAGUGAAGCUGAGCCUUUUCUUGAACAGUAUGCUAAACGCAAUCCACAGAAUCAGGCUUUGAUAGGUUCUGCUGGUAACUUGGUAAGGACGGAAGACUUCUUGGCCAUUGUUGACGGAGGUGUGGAUGAAGAGGGUGAUCUUCAGAUGGAGCGGGAGGUAACACCAUCAAGCCCCAGUCCUUCAGUAAAGGAUACUGUUCCCAAGAAAGAGGGGUUGAUCAUAUUCUUUCCAGGAAUACCUGGUUGUGCCAAGUCUGCACUUUGCAAGGAGUUACUAAAUGCACCAGGAGGAUUUGGAGAUGAUCGGCCUAUCAGUAGUCUCAUGGGUGACCUUAUCAAAGGAAGAUAUUGGCCGAAGGUUGCUGAUGAAUGCAAGAGAAAACCAUACUCUAUAAUGCUUGCAGACAAGAAUGCACCAAAUGAAGAAGUAUGGAGACAGAUUGAAGACAUGUGCCGCAGAACCAAUGCCUCUGCUGUUCCAGUUGUACCUGAUUCAGAAGGAACGGAUUCAAAUCCAUUUUCUCUUGAUGCGUUAGCUGUGUUCAUGUCUCGUGUGCUUCAACGAGUAAAUCAUCCGGGGAAUCUUGACAAGGCAUCUCCAAAUGCUGGCUACGUGCUGCUAAUGUUUUAUAACCUAUACGAUGGCAAGAGUCGCAAAGAGUUUGAAGGAGAACUAGUUGAGCGAUUUGGCUCACUUGUGAAGAUGCCGUUGCUGAAAUCCGAUAGGAGUCCCCUACCGGAUAGUGUGAAGUCUAUUUUGGAGGAAGGAAUAGAUCUGUACAAGCUGCACACUACCCGACAUGGAAGAUUGGAGUCUACCAAGGGAUCCUAUGCAAAAGAGUGGGCCAAAUGGGAGAAAGAAUUGCGGAAGGUUUUAUUUGGCAAUGCUGAGUAUCUUAACUCUAUACAGGUUCCAUUUGAGUUUGCUGUGAAGCAAGUUUUGGAGGAACUAAAAAAGAUUGCAAAGGGUGAUUAUUCAACGCCAGAUACUGAAAAGAGGAAGUUUGGAAACAUUGUUUAUGCUGCCGUUGAUCUGCCUCUAACUGAAUUCCAAAGCGUUCUUGAUGAUUUGGCUCAGAAAGAUCCCAGGGUUAAGGCUUUCCUAAAGAACAAGGCGAUGCUGAAAAACCUUAAUAAGGCUCAUGUGACUCUUGCACACAAGAGAAGUCAUGGUGUUACAGCUGUAGCUAGUUAUGGCAUUUUCCUUCAUCAAAAGGUCCCAGUCAGGUUGACUGCUCUGCUGUUCUCGGAGAAAAUGGCUGCAUUUGAAGCUUGCCUUGGUUCUGUAAAUGGUGAAACGGUUACUUCCAGAAAUCAGUGGCCCCAUGUUACCAUAUGGACUGGAGAGGGAGUAGCAGCCAAGGAAGCCAAUGCAUUACCCGAAUUGAUUUCGGAGGGGAAGGCAACUCAAAUUGAAAUCAGCCCACCUAUCACCGUAUUUGGCACACUGGAAUUUUACUGAGUCUUUGUCUUUUUUUUUCCUCUUCAUUUGAUUACUUGGUGCAACAGGUCAAACUAACAUUUGGUAUGUAAAUAAAUUUUGAAAGUCGUGAGUUUUUUGAGUGUAGUAGAUGAAGUGGGUGCUUAAGUCGGAAGGGGAAAGUUUUGGUAGAGUUGAGACAUUUCUACGAAGAUUUUGUGUAUGGACAUUUAAAAUGGAAGAAACAUAUGGUUGAAUACUUAA